AUGGAAAAAGUCGACGUACUCAUCUGCGGCAGCGGUUCAGCCGGACUCUGCGCCGCAACCUGGCUCGCCCGAUACGGCGUACGCUGCAAAGUGCUCGAACGGCGCGACGGGCCCAUGAAAAUGGGCCAAGCGGACGGGGUCCAGUGUCGCACGGUGGAAAUCUUCGAGAGCUUCGGUAUCGGCGAGGAACUGUUGCGAGAGGCGUAUCACGUUCUCGAGGUCAACUUUUGGGCGGAUGAGGGGACUGGGGUUAUCAAGCGGACUGGUCGGACGGCGGAUACGCAGCCGGGUCUGUCGCAUCAGCCGCAUGUUAUCUUGAAUCAGGCGCGGAUUAAUGGGCUGCUUAUUGAGUUGAUGAAGAAGUAUAAUGAUCAGAAGAUUGAUUAUGGGUAUAACGUUACCUCUGUGGAGGUUGAUAGUGCUGUCGCGAAGGAUCCGGAGGCGUACCCGGUUACGGUGACUGCCGAGAAGGAUGGGAAGGUUGAGACGUUUGCUGCGAAGUAUGCGUUGGCCUGCGAUGGCGCCCACAGCAUCGUCCGCAAAGCGCUGGGAUACAAGAUGAUCGGCGACAGCACCGAUGCAGUCUGGGGUGUCAUGGAUAUGAUCCCUCGCACCAACUUCCCUGACUUCCGCAAGAAAUCCACCAUUCGCUCCAAAGCAGGAAAUAUCCUGAUCAUUCCCCGCGAAGGCGACAACAACAACUUGACUCGGUUCUAUAUCGAGCUGGCUCCCGGCACGAAUCCCAAGGACGUCACACUGGAGAACUUGCAGCGCCAGGCACAAGCUAUCCUCCAACCGUAUCAGAUCGAAUUCGUCGAAACGGUUUGGUGGUCCGCCUAUUCAAUCGGUCAACGCCACGCCGAUUUCUUCCACAAGGAUCACCGCGUCUUCCUGGCCGGUGACGCAUGUCACACGCACUCUCCCAAGGCUGGUCAGGGUAUGAACGUCAGUUUGCAGGACGGGUAUAACAUUGGCUGGAAGCUCGGCGAGAUUCUAACCGGGUUGGCGGAUCCUACUCUUCUCGAGACGUAUGUCUUGGAGCGGAAGAAGACUGCUAUCGAUCUUAUUACCUUUGAUCGGUACUUCUCCAAGCUGUUCUCCUCGGGGGCUAACACGUCUCCUGCGGAGUUCCAAGAGGGUUUCAUCAAGUCUGGCAAGUAUACCGCUGGAUUGACGGCCAAAUAUGACGUUUCUCCUAUCACGACUGCCUUGGAGGGCGAGCAACUUGCCUCGAAUGUCGUGGUUGGUAUGCGCCUGCCCAGUGCUCAGGUUGUCCGAUUCUGUGAUUCCAAGCCCUUGCAGUUGAUGAAGGCACUCAAGUCGGAUGGUCGGUGGAGGAUCAUGGCUUUUGUGGGUGAUUUGACUGUUGCAGAGAAUCAGACCAAGUUGAACAAGCUCGGAGACUACCUGUCAUCACCUGAAAGCCCUAUUCACACAUUCACUCCCAAGUCCCAGGAUGUGGACAGUCUGAUCGAGACUAUCGUGAUCGGCCACGGAAAGCGUCACGAUGUCGAGCUGGAGCAGAUUCCAGAAGUAUUCUACCCAGUCGCAGGCAAGAACCAAACCAGAGAUCUCCACAAAAUCUACUACGAUGACGAAAGCCACAACAAGGGUCACGGCCAUGCAUACGAGUACCUGGGCAUCGAUCCGCAACAGGGUGCCCUGAUCAUCGUCCGACCCGAUCAAUAUGUAUCCGCCGUGCUGGGCAUCACCGACUACACCCAAAUCGGUAAAUUCUUCGCAGGAUUCCUGAAACCUCAAGCGUAG